UCCCGAAAGUUGGGAUGAAUUGAUCCCAUAUUUUAUGUUUGAAUAUAAUACUACCAUUAAUUCAUCGACCGGUUAUUCGCCGUUCGAAUUAUUGUUUGGUAGGAAAGCUUUAAUUCCUAGUACGAUCUACAAAAUCAGCGAUAGUGAUCUAAACUAUAAUGAUUAUGUUGUGGCAAUGAAAACAAUGUUUAAAGAUGCGCAUGAUAAUGCGAGACAAAAUCUCAACGAAGAAGAUAAAGAUAACGAUAACCGAAGUGAUUGAUCAAAUGAUGGGUUCGGAAAUGAGGUAUUGUUUGGACAACACGGAGACUUAUGGAAUUCGAAACGAGAUUGUGUCUUUCGUCGACAUUAUUAAAUUUAAUAUUUUCUUUAAAAAAAAUUAAGAAUUGAUUAAUUUCAAAUCGUUAACAUGGCUUUGGCCCAAGAUACCAUGAAGUCAAUAAGUCGUAGAAAGUGCCAUAAAAAUUUCUCCAUUUGAAAUAAUUCAUUAGGGUUUCCAAAGCUUUGAGCAAAGCUUUUUGGAAAUGGAUUAAUUAAAGUCCGGAUAAAGCUCAUCGGUCUUAAUCGAGCUUAAGUCUAAAUGUAUUGGUGAGUUUGAUUCCAAUACGCAGAAGCUACCUUUGGAGUGUCGAAAACUGCUUGUAAACAAAAUCGAGGAAAAAGUGUGUAAGUGUGUCAACAUUUCCUGAUGACGCCUUGAUACUGGACACUUUAAGGUCGGCAAAAAUUAAACCAAAUAAGUAGCGGGCGAUGGCCAUAAACUGAGGUCCGUUACAUCGGUAUGGAAGUGAAGAUCGCCGGAGGCGUCGUUUCCAUCGAAAAAGGCGGACGCGUGGUGUGCCGCGGUCGGCGAUCUGGCCAUUUGUACGCGCUGGAUGUUUAUCGGAACGACGGACCUGGUGGCACACGUGCUACUGCGAUGGCAUCCAAAAACGACGAUUACGAGUUGUGGCAUCGUCGGUUUGGCCACCUUGAGGAGGCGAACAUGAGAAACCUCUGGAGGGACGAGAUGGUGGAGAGCUUUCCCAAGAUCAAGAACUGGCCAAAGCGAUGCGCGUGCGGGGUGAGUCUGGCAGCGAAGCAGACGAGAACCGCGUUUAGGAAGUCGUACGGGAAACGCGACAUGGUGUUUGACGAGCGCCGACAAGAUCAACCGAAAACAGCGGGGGCACCUAACCGGCCUGUGGUGCGGAUGAUCCGAGACGAGAAACCUGCUGUGGUUGAACUGGUAGAGGAGGAGCCUGUUGCUGCUGUUCCAGAUGGCGAGAGUGUCAUGGAGCUCAUCGCUGGUCCAUCAGAGCCACAACACGUCGUUGCAGAGCUGACGGAAGACCAGGACGAGGCCGUGGAGGAUUCGUCUGGACGACAGCCGGUCGUUGCUGAGCUGACGGAUGACGAGGGCGAGGAGGAACAUUCCGGCGCGCUCCCUUCGCAACCAGAACGUGACCACUGCCCAGCAGAAGGGUUCACGAGGCGCAGCGAACGGGAGCGCAGAACCCCGGAUUCCAACGAGGACGUCUUGAUUGUCUACGCACGGAACACUGAGGCAGUCGUGAAGAACCUGGCGUCGACGAUUGAAGUUUUGAAGCGAAGAACGGCAUCAACAGUGAGUUGGAGUCGAGCGGGGCGAGGUCUACAACGUGGACCGGUAGCCAAUCAAGAAGGCGAUCCAUGUGCCGACGAGCACGCGGACAGUUCGAAGCACUCUGGACCAAGCUCGGACUCCGCGAUUGAGCGGGGGUGUUAUGUGGCAACCGCGAGCAGCUUGGUGGCAACCGCUAACAACUGCAUGACAACGAUCAUAGGACACCGGCAAGGUGUCACCUGAAAUAAUUUUCAUUCCGUUCUCAAACCUCUUUCAAUAAAGAUUGUUUUAUUAAAAGCACCGCCUUUUAGUGGGAACGUUUGAAAUAAUACUGAACAUGCCGAACCAACAGUAUUCAAAUUCCCAA